AUGCUACAAUCCCCCUCAUCCUCCGUCCCGGCUGUUGCGACGGUUGCCGAGAGCGUCGAUAAGUCGAAACGAUUACGGCGAAAAAGAAAGGCGGAUACUCAGGAUAAUGAACGACUUUCCAAACGUUUGAGUCUGCUCAACCUUGAGAAGGGCGGUAACAAGCUAUAUGUCCCCGUCGAGGAACCGACAGCUUCAGUGCCUCCUGUUCCUACAUCUGUGCCUCAUGCUCCCAAUGUCCCCACGGAUCUACUAGCCCCCAACGAAACAAUGCAAUUAGAUGAUUCGAAACACAAAGUAUACAUUUACAACAUCGACGACGAACUCUCUUCCGAUAGUGAAACAGACGAUCCCGGCAAGCUUGUCUUCCUCCCCGACAUCGAAAAGCACUUACGCGCAAACCGCAUCCCCCCAUCCGUGUUAGCCAACAGCGAUGGUGAGCUGGCUGGAAUGCAGGUUGUUCUAUAUAGCGAUCCCAAGUCGAUAACGGUUCCCGAGGAUAAGGAUAGUGUGCGCAAGGCUAUUAUCGAAUCGAGACAACGUACGAGGGAGCAACAACGUUUAGAAAGAGAGGGGGGAAAGGCAGAGGCUCCAGCGAUACAAUACAACGCCGUGAGUAAUGAUAUGAUGACAGGCAUAGACGAUCCAGACGCAAUGGAUUUGGACUAG